AUGGUCUAUGCCGGAAGCUGUACGAAGACCGAAACGAAGGACAGCUGGGUUCAUCUGGCACUUAACGUUGUGGCCACCGUCUUGCUGGCAAGCUCAAACUACUGCAUGCAGUUGCUCUCGUCCCCCACCCGCAGCGAGCUGGACAAGGCCCAUGCGAAGCACAAAUGGUUGGACGUUGGCAUUCCAAGCAUACGAAAUCUCGGUUUCCUGCGAAAGAAGAAAGUCAUUCUGUGGUGGCUUCUGGGAGUUUCAUCGAUUCCCCUUCAUCUAGUUUAUAAUUCCGUUUUCUACUCUGCCCUCGCAACGAACAACUAUAGCAUCCUAUACGCCUCCGAAAGUUUCGUCCAGGGUGCCAGCUACAACACGAACGAAUUCCCUGACACCGAAGAAUGCAACGUCACCGACAUCCAAGCCCGCGCCAGCAAGGACUUUGUCGUCCUCAACAACGAAGAUUGCAUUCACGCCUAUGCACGGGAUUUCGUCGAGAAUCGCCGUAACGUGGUCGUAGUGGUCAAGAAUCCUCCAGCAAGUGGGGGUUCACUGUUCAAGAUUGCCGACAAUGAAUUCCCCAAGGUCAUCACCAGCAAGUACAACGCUUUCGCGUGGAUCUGCGACAACCCCGACGUCGUCAAUCAAACACACGCAUGCUGUGAGAAUGAAUGGGGUUUCGUCCCGUGUUCGAAGAUCGCGCCGAAACUGGUCGAUAUAGCGGAUCAGUGGUCCACAGGCGGGUUUGAAGUCGACCAUUGCCUCUCUGAACCCGUCGAAUCCCAAUGCCAUCUACAUUUCUCCCUCAUCCUUAUGGGAGUCGUCCUGUUUUUUAACAUUCUCAAAGUUGUCGGGAUCGCCUACGUUACUUUCGGGUUGGGAGAGUCUCCCCUGGUGACCGUUGGGGAUGCACUGCAAUCUUUCCUGCGUCAUCCCGACUCCACCACGGAGGGAAUGUGUCUAGCCAGCCACUCAAGUAUCGUCGCCUCCUCCAAACUUGGAUAUAGAUCCAUGCCCAUGAGAUACGACCCUCGACAGCAUCGGUUCUUCGAAGCCGCGACCUGGAAGCAGUGGGCUUUUCUCUUCGGAUUGUUCGCAUUCGUGGGCACCGGGACCGCCGUCUGCUUAGGUCUUGGUAUCGAGAAUCUGAAGGGCGACAAAUCGAUCCAGAAUGCGUGGUCGAUCGGUUUGAACACGGUGCGGCCCCAGAACCUGAUCAUGGGGUGGAACUUACCGGGCUAUGGCAACAGCUCUAUCGCAAUAUCUACACUCAUCGCCAACGCUCCGCAAACAUUGUUCUCCUUCCUCUACGUCUGCUACAACAGCCUGUUCACAGUCAUGUUCCUCUCGCGCGAAGUCAUGCGCUUCAGUGUCACGGCUGGUCGGGGACGGAAGUAUCUGCGUGUCAGCGAUGCCAGGGGCGAGCAAAAGUCGACCUAUUUCCUCAACUUGCCCUUCAAAUAUGGCCUACCAUUGCUUGCUGGCUCAGGCUUGAUGCACUGGCUUGUCUCGCAAAGCGUCUUCCUCGCAAAUAUCGCCAUCAUCCCUCGCGACGGGACAGUGCCCAUGCAAGACGAGAUAACCACGGUGGCGUACUCACCGAUAGGCAUGCUUUUUCUCCUCUUCCUGGGCUUCAUUCUCCUCGUCUUCCUCUUUGCCACGGCGCUUAGAAAGCUUCCCUAUGGGAUGCCUCUUAUAGGGAGCAAUUCCAUGGCCAUCAGCGCCGCGUGCCAUCUGCCACCCGGCACCGACCAGAACGAGCGCGACGAGAUGAUACUCAGGCCACUGAAUUGGGGUGCUGUGCCAGGCGCAGGCAAAGACGGAACCAGCUUUGGACACUGUUGCUUUAGUGACCGGGUGCUGGACCACCCAGUGAAGGGUAAAUUUUACAUCUAG